AACUUCCGGGUCAAGUAGCACGGUGCAUGUCAUUAAAAAAACACGAAGAUGGCGGGUCCACAAGAAGUUCAGAACCUGCUCCAGGGUCUUAUGAGCGCAGAAAACCAAGUCAGAAGUCAAGCGGAAGCAGCAUAUGAGAACAUAGCAGCUCCAGAAAAGCUGAUUUGCUUGAUUCAAGCCAUAAGAAGCACUGAGAUCCCCACGGAGCAACGGGCGUUGGCAGCUGUUCUACUUCGUCGUCUGUUUACAAACAAUUUUGAAACGCUAUGGCCAGAGAUUACGGCGGAGAUGCAAAAUGGUGUGAAGCAAGAACUUAUGACAGCAAUACACCAAGAAACAGCUGCUCCUGUGCGCAAGAAAGUCUGCGAUUGUUUCUCAGAACUUUCGAGGAAUAUGAUUGACGAUGACAACAAUAUGCAGUGGCCCGAGGCCUUGAAGUUUCUGUUUGAGUGUGCCAGUUCGGAGAACCCUGUUCUGAAGGAAAGUGCUCUGCACAUUCUCAGCUCAGUUCCCGGUAUCUUUGGCAACCAGCAGUCGCAGUACCUGGAGGUGAUCAAACAGAUGCUGGGGGUCGCUCUCCAGGACCGGACGCAUCCUCAGGUGUGUUUUGAGGCAGUCAAAGCAACAACUGCUUUUGUUGUGAAUAACGAGAAGGAACAGCAUCUGCUCAACCACUUCAAAGACCUGUUGCCUUUCUUGAUUCAGGGAAUUGCUGACAGUAUUGCGGCACAAGAAGAUGACACUUUGCUCAAAUGCCUUAUCGAACUCUCGGAGAAUGUCCCAAAGUUUCUCAGAAGUCACCUGGAGAGCAUCAUUGAACUUUGCUUGAGGGUUGUGUCAGACACGAACCUAGAGGACACGUGGCGCCAGCUGGGUCUGGAGGUGAUCGUAACCAUGUCGGAGACCGCCCCCGCCAUGGUGCGCAAGUUUGCCAAGUUCAUUCCUCUUUUGGUUCAACAAGUAUUGGCCUUGAUGGUUGACCUUGAGGAUGAGGCCGAGUGGUCGAUUCAAGACGUGGAGGAUGACGAGGACACAGACUCAAACCCAAUAGCAGGUGAAGCAGCUCUGGACAGGCUGGCUUGUGCCCUGGGUGGGAAGAUCAUGCUGCCGCAGAUUGUGGGGAACAUAUCGCAGAUGUUGCAGCACGACGACUGGAAGUACCGGUACGCUGGCCUGAUGGCCGUCUCGGCCUGCGGUGAGGGCUGCCACACCCACAUGGAGCAGAUGCUUGCCAAUAUAGUGGACGCCGUGCUGCCUUUUGCCGCCGACCCGCACCCGAGGGUAAGGUAUGCAGCUUGCAAUGCCCUGGGGCAGCUCUGUACAGACUUUGGACCAAAUUGUCAAAAGAAAUUCCACACCAAGCACAUGGAGCGCGGCAACAAGCUAGUGUUGGAGCAGGUCAUCACCACGCUGGCCUCCGUCGCUGACACGGCACAGGACAAGUUCUUACAGUAUUACGACAGAUUUAUGCCGAGCCUGAAGUACAUCAUGCAGCACGUGCAGGAUCCGAACCACCGCCUGUUGAGGGGCAAGACGAUCGAGUGCAUCAGUCUGAUGGGUUUGGCAGUGGGCAAGGAGAAGUUCAUGCAGGACUGCAACGACGUGAUGCAACUGUUGCUGAAGACACAAACAGACCAGGAGGACUUGGCCGACGAUGACCCUCAGGUGUCCUACAUGAUCUCGGCCUGGGCUCGUAUGUGUAAGAUUCUGGGCAAGGAGUUCCAACAGUACCUGCCUCUGGUGAUGGGACCCGUGCUGAAGGCCGCUUCUCUCAAGCCAGAGGUCGCGCUCAUUGACAGUGAGGACAUGAAGGACAUGGAGAACAACGCUGACUGGCAGUUUGUCACGCUAGGGGACCAGCAAAACUUUGGCAUCUGCACGGCGGGCCUGGAGGAGAAAGCCACGGCUUGCCAGAUGUUGGUCUGCUACGCCCGGGAGCUCAAGGAAGGGUUUGCUGCGUACUCUGAGGACGUGGUCAAGAUCAUGGUGCCUCUGCUCAAGUUCUACUUCAACGACAGCGUUCGCAUCGCGGCCACGGAGAGUCUGCCGUAUCUUCUGGACUGCGCCAAAAUCCAGGGUGAGGAGUACCUGGCUAACAUGUGGGGCCAGUACAUCUGCCCAAACCUGCUCAAGGCCAUCGAGAUCGAGCCCGAGCAGUCAGUGCUGCCAGAGUACCUGGCUUCUUUCGCUAAGGUGAGGGGGGGGGAGGAAACGCUCAUGGAUGAGGUGGGGGGGAGGAAGGGUGAGGACUACGACGAGAUAGUGGAGGAAACGCUCAUGGGUGAGGAUGAUGAGGAUGCAUACGUGCUGAGCAAGAUUGCCGAUAUACUCCACUCCUUCUUUGGAACGCAUAAAGAGUCUUUCCUGCCCGUGUUUGAAAAGAUCAUGCCAUAUUUCGUUGAACUUUUGUUACCGGACCGGCCGUGGUCAGACAAACAGUGGGCGUUGUGUGUGUGGGAUGACGUCGUAGAACACACAGGACCAGUGUCGUACAAGUACCGCGAGUUUUUCCUGGAGCACCUCAUCAAUGCCAUCACAGACAAGACGCCCGAGAUCCGACAGGCGGCCGCUUACGGUGUCGGAGUCAUUGCAAACUUUGGCGGAGACGUCUAUGCCGAUGUGUGUGCUGAAUGCAUUCCGCGGCUGGUGAGCGUGAUCGAGCACCCGGACUCGAAGGCGGUGGAGAACGGUCCGGCGACGGACAACGCUAUCUCUGCCGUGGUCAAGAUAUGCAAAUACAACUGCUCCAAGGUCAACGCCGAGGAGCUGAACGGCCGGCUGGUCGCCUGGCUGCCCAUCCUCAACGACGAGGAGGAGGCGAUCCACGUCUACAACUAUUUCUGUGAUUUGCUCGACAAAAACCACCCAGGCAUUGUGGGGGAGAACGCGGCCAACUUACCCAAGGUGGUAAGCAUCGUCGCGGAGACGCUGCACCGAGAGCUGGUUCAGGAGGGCACGCCCCUCUACGAGCGGCUGGUCAACAUCGUGAAGCAAGUACAGUCCAACCCGGACGUGCUACAGGUGUGUGUGGCUCAACUGACAGAGCAACAGCGACAGGCGCUCAACGAAGCCCUCACCCCCGGCAAAUGAUGACCGUUGACCUCCAGUUGGCCCGCCCACGCCACCGCCCAGCCUCUCACUCUCCUACUGGGCCGCCUCAAUGACUGAUCUGUGCUGUCAUCGCGGGGAGCUGGAGAUGUUGACCGCCGUGGUCAUUCUGUUUUCACACGCUCUCUCGCUCUCUCGCUCUCUCUCUCACGCACACGCAUGCACACACAAAAACACACACACACACACACCCUCUCUUUU